AUGAAAGCAACGAGAUACUCGACUUCCCGACAAAAGGCUUGUCAGCCAUGCUCUACUGCAAAGGCAAAAUGUGAUCGGAAGGCGGGAUGUUGUACUAGAUGCGCCUUACGAGAUCUAUCCUGCUCUUAUCCUCAGACUUUACUUUCUAGAGCCUCCUCGCGGGACGCAGGCGACAAUACAGGCGACAGCACUGGAACCGGCCUAUACAACUCCAUUUCCGACCCCAGCAUUUUAUCCGCAACAAGCCCCAGGCCUGAGAUAUCAACUAGACCGGACUCUCAAAGCCUAAACUAUCAGAAACUAUUCAGCCCUAUUGAUGUGGAUGGUAUUAGCAAUCGUUGGCUAAACACCUAUAUUCCCAUUCCUGGCCAAAAAGUUAAGGAAUAUCCUGCUACCAUUACGGCUUUCAUCUAUAGGCUUCUUAAGUCUUAUGCAACCGUUGCCGUACGUGGCCGCGGUGUACCCCCAUUUAUACACCCCUCUCAAAUUUCGGUCGCAUCGACGAGGCCGCCGCUUUCUACCUGCUUGAGUUUGGUUCGCAUCUGCGAGAAUCCGUUGCCAGGAAGUGAGAGUGUUGCCGCCGAUGUAUUACAAAGGGAGAUGAAUAACCUUUAUGAGCAGCAGGGUACAUACGACGAUUUCACUCUAUUGGCGGCUUUCCAGGCAUAUCUAAUCUACUCCAUGGUCUUGUUCUUCAAGCUUAGUCAAGUUUCAGGCCCCUUCCUUCGACAGGCGAUUAUAAAUCUCCAAGAGCUUGCGUGUUCGAGUAGCCGGAACGGGCUUAUGUGCAUAGCCGAACAGCAGCGUGCUCGACCGCGAUGGGAAGCUUGGAUUGUAGCCGAGUCAAAGCGGCGGGCACUUUUCACGAUGUACCUUUUCGACAGUGUUCUUUCUACUCAAGACGGUCUUCAGACCUUUCUCGGCACCGAACUACAAGGACUACCCGCCUCAGCAGACAAAUCUUUAUGGAGGGCACAGGUUCGACGCGACUGGGAAACGGCAUAUAACAUAUACUUAGCAGAUUGGCCAGAAAUCUUUCGUAUCGACGAACUCUGGCCAAUUCCUGUAGGGCUAGACGAGCCCGGUCUUCUCGAGAGACGCAACAGAGUAGACCGAUGGCUAGAAAAUGUCGAUGAAUUUGGCACGAUGCUCUAUGCGGUAACUAGUUGCACACACGGCGAAAUGAAUGCUCGUCCUUCGGUGGUGUUCUUGACGGCAUCUAUGAGAACCAUCCCAGGGAUAGUCGACGGAAUAACGGCAAAAUCACCAUACAGCAUCUUCGAUAAGCGGCAGAAGGCUCUAAUCAUACUGGUUGUUUCGACCGCCGCAACCUUUUCCGGAUUUGCGUCGAAUAUUUAUUUUCCCGCACUUCCUACCAUUGCCCAUGACCUGAAUAUUUCAAUAGAACUUGUCAACCUUACAGUGACGUCGUAUCUAAUUUUCCAAGGUUUAGCGCCAAGCCUCUGGGGCCCUAUCUCAGACGUCAAGGGGCGCAGAGUUGCUUACGUCUUUACUUUUCUGGUGUUUGUAGGCGCAUGUGUCGGCUUAGCAGAGACGACAAACUACGCGACUCUUAUAGUGCUAAGAUGUUUGCAAAGCACCGGUAGCGCAAGCACUAUUGCAAUCGGGUCCGGUGUGAUUGGCGACAUUACCACUCGCGCUGAACGCGGUGGCUUCAUGGGAAUUUUCCAGGCGGGUUUGCUCGUUCCCGUUGCUGUCGGUCCAGUCAUUGGAGGCGCUCUGGCAGGAUCGUUAGGAUGGAGAUCAAUCUUCGUGUUUCUGGCAAUUUACGGUGGCGUCUUCCUAAUACUGCUAAUCGUUCUUCUCCCUGAAACACUAAGGUCGAUUGUUGCAAACGGUGGCAGGAAGCUGUCGAACCCAGUUGCUGCAUAUCCCUUACGAAUUUACCAGAAACUCACCAAAGUAAGAUGGAAUCCUGAAGCAGCUUCGGCAGAGCCUGCAGCAAGAAAGCAUAUCGAUGUCAUUGGGCCUUUACGCAUUCUCGUUAGUAAACACGCAGCACCCAUUAUCAUAUUUCUUGCCAUCUACUACGCUGUUUGGCAGAUGAGCAUCACCGCUAUGUCAUCUCUCUUCCAAGAUCGCUACGGCCUUAGCGAGACUCAGAUCGGCCUAACAUUUAUCGCAAAUGGGGUGGGGUCUAUGAUCGGAACGCUUGUCACAGGCAAGGUUCUGGACACCGAUUAUCGUCGAGUCAAGGCUCAAUACGAAGCUCAAUUCACACAAACCGAUUCCGAAACAGGCAAUGGACAAAUACGAUCCACGGCAUAUAUGGAAGAUCACUUCCCUCUUGAAAAGGCGCGCCUCCGGCUCAUACCCGUCUUCUCCCUAGCUCAGUGUCUGUCCAUCGUUCUCUUUGGUUGGACCAUUCAGUAUCCCGAUCGCGUCCACAUUACCGUCCCCAUCGUUUCCACGUUCAUCACCGGCUGGACUGCCGUAUCUACGCAGUCUGUAGUCAUGACUUACCUCGUCGACAUCUUCUCUGACCGCAGCGCCGCGGCCAGCGCAAGUUUGAACCUCGCCAGGUGCUUAUUCGCGGCCGGCGGCACAAGUUUUGUAAUGCCCAUGGUAAACGGCAUCGGUGUCGGCUUGGCGUUUACGAUAUGUGCUAUCGUUCAAGCUAUUGCGUUAUUGGGCGUGGCCAUCCAGUGGAAAUUCGCUGCUUCAUGGAGACAAAAGAAAAAGGAGGCAGGCUGUAGUAGGUGA